CCGUCUCACGUUCCUGACUUCCGAUUGGCUCAGGAUUCCCGCCCCUUCCUUGACACUUCCAAUGAGUCGCCGAGCGAGUGACCGUCGUGUCUCUGAUUGGCUGGCCGGCAACAUGGCGAGGAAGGCGCACGGAGGAGCCGACAGUGACCCCCGGCUCUGCCCGAUGGCCGAGAAGGGAGAGCUGUCGGAUAGCUGGCGGCACGAGCGGGCGGAGCCGGGAAAGGAAGGCAACCCGCGGUGGGGCCCGCAGCAUGCUGGAGCCAAGGAGCUGGCUGAACUUUACUCGCCAGGGAAGCGGUUACAAGAAUGGAUUUCCGUUGUACUUUGCUUCCUACUGAUGUCCUUUAAUUUCUGCAAUCUAGUGCUCUAUUUCAGCUUUGAGCAUACCGCCAGCAUUGUACUCAGCUUUGUUGCAGGGAUCGUAACGGCUGACUUUGCCUCCGGAUUAGUGCACUGGGGAGCGGACACUUGGGGCUCCGUGGAGUUACCUAUUGUCGGAAAAGCUUUUAUCAGACCUUUUCGGGAGCAUCAUAUCGAUCCUACAGCAAUCACGAGACAUGAUUUUAUAGAAACUAAUGGCGAUAAUUGCAUGGUGACCAUUUUUCCUCUGGCGUGUAUGGCAUAUAAAUUCCUCUUCCUUUCUCCAGAUUUCAUCUACAAAACGUAUGCCACAGAGUGUUUCAUCUUUGCACUGGCAAUGUUCGUGACGCUGACUAACCAGAUUCACAAGUGGUCUCACACAUACUUUGGUCUUCCUUCCUGGGUGGUCUUCCUCCAAGACUGGCAUAUCAUCUUACCCCGAAAACACCAUCGUAUUCAUCACGUGUCUCCACAUGAGACUUAUUUCUGUAUCACAACAGGUUGGUUGAAUUACCCGUUAGAGAAGCUAGGAUUUUGGAAACGCCUAGAAGACAUCAUCCAGGGUGUAACUGGCGAAAAGCCUCGAUCGGACGACUUAAAGUGGGCUCAGAAAGUGAAAUAAUAUCCGGUCAGCUCACGUCAUUCCUGAAACAAUUGCCAACCUUUUUACAAAUAAAAAGUGAAAACUAAAGCCAUUAGCCAAAUAUGUUAAAGACUCUAAUGGAAGUAACUGACUAACAAGCACAAGUAUUCUGUGCUAACACCGUAAAACUCUAAUCCAUGGACAUUCACACUCCACGCUAUGAGAGACACAGGGCACGGUAUGCAACUUUGUCCUCUUCAUACAGCAGCUGACAGGAUUUGUUUUUGUUUUGGGUUUUUUUGUAAGUUUUUUUGUAAGACCUUUCACCUUGCUGAGCCUCACAUGACCUUCAUGUGAGCCAGAAAAGAGGAAGAUUGUACUCUUAUCUUGCACUAUGGAAACGCAUCAGUGAAGUUAAUGACAUUUGUUGUAUCAACAUGAAUCUGCUGCCCAUGGAAAAGCCUAAUGCAAAUAUGAAGAAUAGUUUUUUUCAUUUUUCUCCUUUUUGUUUAGUAUUUCUCAGUUACGUCAUGAGCUACGUGAGAAGGGCUAUAGGUGCAUGUUACUGAGAACAAUAUAGGCAGCCAGAUUGUGGGCAUAUGGCACUUCAGUCACCCAGCGCUGUGUUCUGACAUAGAAACUGAUGUGUAAGGAAAGAUGAAUGGAACUGGAGUUGAUUAUCAGAGCACUGGCUGACAUGUAACUCCUGAGUCACUGAAAGAUAACUAUAUUUUUAAAUACCUCCUGAAUGAUCAUAGUGAGGGAAUAUAAGAGAUUCCCUCAGUGAUAAAUAUAUAUAUUUUUAGACUAGGCAACAAAUCAAUAAAACUUGCAGUCGAUAAGUAGCAUCAGUCCUUUAAAUGAAAGUGUAAUUAGGUCCUUAAUGCACUAGCCUGACGUAGCCGGUGUAUGAGGUAAGUAAUGUAGGAAGGUGAUAGCUGUUGUAAUGAAUGUGAAGUUGGCAUCUGGGCUUAUUUGUAUAUAACACAGACUGACCAGCAAUUCUACCACAAUCCCAUCAGUUGUUGAGCACCAGGCCAUCCGGCACCUGUUUCUUCAUAGGAAGCUCUGAUAUGCAACACACAGACAAUGGCAUAAUGAGACUGAUACCUUGACAUGUUUGUGUGCCGUCUCACCAAAGCACGUGGUACUUCAGUUAUAGGUUUUAUUUGUUACCUUUAGGACUAUUAUUAUUUAUGUCAAAAUAUCGCACACUCUUAUUAUCAUUAUCUAUGGCACUGAACACCUCCGAUAAAGACCCUUUCAGGGGUUAAUGUAUUUUUACAUAUAUGCUGCAUUACUGUUGUGCUAUAUUCAUUGGCAUAAAUUCAUACAAAGCAGAAAGCAUCCAUUUUACACAGGUGUACAAUUUUAGAUGUCUGAUCUAGGCACACCAAGCUCAUUCCUUUAGUAAGCACCCACAGUGUGCUUAUGGAAGUUAAAGCAGCAAUCCCACAUAGAAGGGUAAACAUUUCUUUAAAUAGCUUUAAGCAUGAAUCUGCUACUUUUCUUACCCUCCUACAAAUUAUUUAUCUUUUUUUUUUUUUAAGUCACGCUUAAUGGAAAUAGUAUAUGCUCACGUACACACUCAGAAUAUUAGGAUAUAAUUGAAAACAGCUUAGAGGGGUGUUUCAAAGCACCUCUGCUCUCUACAUCUUGUGCCAUGUGACUGGUGGCCAUGGUAUUAUCAACAGUGUGCAAAAACUGAAAAACUGUCAAUCAUUAAUAGCAAUCUGAAGAAACAAACAAAGAGAAAAAACGCAAUGUACUAAGAUGUCACUUGGAGCAUGCCACAGUGAUUUAUAUUAGAUAAUAGAAAUCAAAUAUGUUCAUGGGAUUGCUGCUUUAAAUGGUUAAAUGUGCCAAUCUUUCUGUUUCAGUUCCUGCACUACAACCAGUGCUGGCUGAGUCUAAGAACCAGAAAGCAGAAAUCUCUAUAAUUUCUACAGCUAUCCACACAAGCUCCUGAUUUCCUGGUCUGUCUUUAAUGAAACUACCAGAUGCCAAUGCAAAACAUUUAAGUAAUAAGGCUAUAUAUUGCAUUUUGCAUCUGAUCGCUAUUACCUUUGUGACUUCUGAAUCAUUAAAUACAUUUCUUCUGCUUUCUAUUAAUUCACAAAACCAGUAUUUCCAGUUUAGGUUUAGACAGGUGGUAAAAAACCAUGAAUUAUGUAAAUGUUAUCAAUUCCUUAUGACUCACACUGAUCUAAUGUGUGACUUAUUAACUGAAAUGGUGGCUACUAGUAUCGUUUAACAACACUUUGCUUAAUAAAAGUACCUAAGCUGUUAGCAAAAAAAAUAAUAAUGUUUUAUAAUGAACGAAUGGAUGAUUUAGAUUUCGUAUUUAGGCCUGUACGAUGUUUCACCCUUCUAUAUUAAUAUAUAUAAAAUGUAGUUAAUGUAUACAAGCUGACGAUACUAGGUAAUAGAAAUACAGCUGUCUUGUAAGCCAUGAUAAAAUUAGUUCACAAAUCUGACUUUUUGGGAAGGAUUUAAUAUAAAGUUGUAAAAUUUUUAGUUUAGUAGUCCAUUGCUUUCCCCAUUACAGGUGAUCCCAAGAUUUCUGUCCUCACAGGAGUGUGCUAUUCCUAUGUGUGUACUGUACAUGACGUCUGUAGUGAUGAGCACACACUGCUGUACUUUCCUAUAGACUGGUAAGAAGAUAAAUACAAGGAGAGUAGUUGUAUGUGGAAGAGAAGACAACAUGUCCAGAUGCUAUAUUA